AUGUCUGAAUCCGUUGCCAUUCUCCGCCAACGCCGCUCUGACGAGCUAGCUAAACUCGCCGAUGAGCACCUCCAACACGACCUCCAAUCCGGAGACCGCGACAAGCUCAACUCAGCCGCGUCUUCAAUUUCCCUGUGGACAACAGUUGGAUCUGCGGUCGGUCUGAGUCUCGGUCUUCUAGCCGCUAUCCGACUACGCGGUUCACGGAGGGCAUUCUUCUCUGCUAUUCGCGCGCAACAGAAACCCACGAAGGUUGUCUUCGAGGAUGGAAGAACCGAGGAUCUCCCUGACCUUACGCCGCUGCUGAAACCUACUACCCUGGGUGAUGUGGCGACUUAUCUCUUUGCCUCGGCUGGUGGACUUCUUUUGGGUGGAGAGCUUGGCUUUGCUGGCGGUGCGGCGAAAGGAACGAGGACUAUCACUUCGGAUCCAGAGAGCAAGAAGAGAAUCGAGACUGCAUUUAGGAAAUUCCGGGCAGAUGUUCUGCGGAAACAGGCCGAUGCUUUGGAUAAGGGGUCACAAGAAUACGUUCUGAUCUAA